AUGUGGGUUCCAGCCGCGAAAUUUGGCCCCGUGGUUUCCUCGUCAGUACUGAGAGUGUAUGUGGGCUCCUCAAGUUUGUCUAAUCAGAAGGUUUAUAGAGUACAGAAGAUAGACUCAGACUCUAGGCAUAUCUCAGGCAUCAAUGACUACGAUGUGGCAGUGUUGACCCUGUCGACAGAGCUAGAGUACAGUUACUGUGUGGCUCCCAUCUGUCUUCCCCGAGUGAACACAACACCAAGACAAGGGACAGUAUGUACAGCUGCCGGAUGGGGCACCCAGAGGUACGGCGGACGUAAUCUCACCCCCCUCCUGCAGAAAGUGAACCUGCCUAUUGUUGACCAGAACUCCUGUGUCCGAUCCUAUGGUUCACGGUACAUCAAUAACCUCAAAAUAUGUGCCGGAGACUACCGCAACGGUGGAAUAGAUACUUGUCAGGGUGAUUCUGGGGGUCCUCUCAUGUGCAUGUCAGGAGGCAGAUACUUCCUGCAGGGUAUCGUGUCGUUCGGCUCAGGAUGCGGCAGACCUUACUACCCCGGCAUCUAUACCAGAGUGGCACACCCACUCAUUUUAGAUUUCAUACAGAAAUCUUUGAACUGAAUAUAAAACAUCACAUAUGUAUUACAUGCAGAAGUCUUUGAACAGAAAGUAAAACAUCGCAAUGUUACGUGCGGAAGUCUUUGAGCAGAACAUAAAACAUCACAUAUUGCUUACCGAAGUUGUUUUUUUAAACAGUCUACACACAGAAGUGUCUUAAAGCAGAAUAAAACCAUAGACUGUAUUGUAUAGAAGUCUCUGAAGAGAGAAUAAAACAUUACAAUUUCAUGCAGAAGUCUUUGAACGAAGAAAAUGCGUUACGAUUGCAUACUGAACUGAGGAUUUAAUAUCAUAGACUACUGACGUCUCUGAACAGAGAAUAAAACAUCAAAGACUACAUACAGAAGUCUCUGGAGAGAGGAUAAAACAUCAAAGACGACAUGCAGAAGUGACUUUGAUAAAACAAACGGCAUCACAGACGACAUACAGAAAUGUAUUUACAUGAAAUAAAAACAUCAUCACCAUA